CAUAGCCAGUAAGCUUAUUAAACGCAGUUAGCUAUUAUCGCUUGAGAGGAUAUUUUUCAUACAUAGAAAGAGUGAGAGAAAUGGCGACGGCGAAUUCUCCAGAUGCCAGCAACAACAACAAUACUGAUUCCGAUGUCGAAGACACAAGCCCUAACCCUAAUCUUUCAAUUAAUAAAAACAAUGGAUUUCUUAUAUCUUCUGCUGAGUCCAGUUCCCCUUCCGUCUGCCUCCUCCGCUUCGCUGGUGACUCUGCUGCUGGGGCCUUUAUGGGCUCCAUCUUCGGCUACGGUUCUGGUUUGAUUAAAAGGAAAGGUUUCAAAGGAUCCUUUGGGGAAGCAGGAUCUUGUGCCAAGACAUUUGCAGUCCUAUCCGGAGUACACAGUUUAGUUGUCUGCUUUUUGAAGAGGCUGCGAGGGAAGGAUGAUGUUAUCAAUGCUGGGGUAGCUGGAUGCUGUACUGGUCUUGCUUUGAGUUUUCCAGGCGCACCUCAGGCACUUCUGCAGAGUUGCCUUACAUUUGGAGCAUUCUCAUUCAUAAUUGAAGGGCUGAACAAGCAGCAACCAGCGCUGGCUCACUCAUUUUCUUUAAGGAACAAACGUGACUAUCACAAUGUAACCUGUCCCGUAGCUCUCCAUAUUGCAGUCCCUCUUCCAGAUGAACUAAAAAGGGCCUUCUCCUUUUUCUGCAAGUCCCUGCGGAAGCCCAAGAGUGGAAAUUUUCCUGCUGUUUCCUGAUAAAACCCGAAGCAGAUUGAUUAUGUUUAGAUUGCUGGUAUGGCGACAUUGUAUCAUGUAAAUCUGUAUUUUAGCUUCUGAAGCUUGUUGCAGGCUUGGACAAUGAAAUUGAUUUCUUGCGUGGUAUGCAAUUUCAUCUUGGCCUAGAGGCAUUUUUUUU